AUGAGUCUCCUCGACGAUCCCGCUGCGUCCCUCUUCGAAAACCCUGCAGCAUCUCUCUUCGACAGUGGUGCGUACGAUCUAAGCUUCUACAACCAAAUCUACUUGAUGAUGCAAUACUGCCUCAACAACCCCAAAAACCCGCACUGCGAGUUCAUUCCCAGCUACUACAUGUACAAGAUCGACCUCGUCCCCAAUGCCAUCUUCGCAGGCAUCUUCGGCGCCUCCUUCAUCGCCUUUGCGGCCACCUACGCCUUCACUCGCCGGGGUCACGGCUUCAAUAUCGCCAUGAUGCUCGGCGUGACCUGCGAAAUCCUGGGGUAUGCUGGCCGCCUCAUGAGCUGGAACAACCCUUGGCGAAAGGCGCCUUUUCUCAUGCAGAUCUGCUGCCUGACCAUCGGUCCGACUUUUUUUGCAGCUGCCAUCUACUUCUGCCUCUGCCGCGUCGUCAAAGUCUUUGGUGCCUCGAAUUCAAGAAUCGCACCGGAGUGGUACACAAGAAUAUUCAUCCCUUGUGAUUUGAUCUCGUUAAUUCUCCAAGCUGCCGGCGGCACCGUCGCUUCCGUCGCGAACCACAACGGUGAAUCCACCGACAAGGGCGACAAAGUCAUGAUUGCCGGUCUCUGCUUCCAAGUCUUCACCCUGCUCAUCUUCAUGAUUGUGGCGGGUGACUUCGCCAUAAGCACCUGGCGCCGCAGUCGCGCCGUGCGUAACAACGACAACAACAGCAAUAACCAGGCGAUUCAAGAAGUUCUCGACCGCGACGCCGCAAUCUUUGGCCACCUGUGCUCCUCGUGGCGCUUCCGCUUUUUCCUCGGUGCGCUGACCUUAUCUACGGUGUGCAUCUUCUGGCGCUGUGUCUUUCGCAUCGCGGAGUUGAGCCGUGGAUGGACGGGCCCGUUGAUGGAACGGCAGGACCUUUUCGUUGGAUUUGAGGGUGUCAUGAUUAUCAUAGCCGUGGUUGGACUCAACUUCUUCCAUCCUGGCUUCUGCUCUAAAGAACUCUUUGGAGGUAGAAACACGGACAAGAACGCGCCCUUCUUCGAGGGACAAAGCACCCACGAGUUGGUGGCUACCAAGGUGGUUUCUGGCUGUUGA